CUGAGGGGGGGUGCGGUGAGAGGAUGUGGGGAUGGCCACGUCGGGAGUGGGGCUGAGGGGCAGUGGUAGAGCCCGCGGUGAGGGGGGCUUCUCCUCAAGCGUGGUGGGGUGGGCAGGCGGCCCCUCGUGUCCCGCCGGGCGGGGAGCAGCCCUCAGCCUCUUCCCUGCGCUCCCGUGAGGCCUGGCUUGGGCUGGCGUAUGGGCUGCGUUGCCGCAUCUCCCGUCGCCUCUGGGGAAGAGUGUUAUGGAGUUUAGUUCUUGUUCUCUAGCUGCUUUUACCGUCCGCUUCAGUGCAAUUCCCUCUCGGCUGGUGGGACUCAAACUCUGCACGCGUGCAGAUUAAAUACACACCGUGAGAAAUUACUUUCUGCUCACUUCUAAUUGUGUACAAUAGGGUUUGUUGGAAGCAAAAUGUGUCCCUGGUAUUAAUAACACCUCCUGGGCUUGUAACAGUGUAGGGCAGUGUGAGCUGGAUGAUGGUUGAUGGUCUUCACCCUGUUCAUACAGUAUUUUCUGUAGAGGCAUUGUGGUUUGUUGCAAAACCUGUCUGUGCAAGGUAGUAGCGUGUUACAUGCUUCCAAAUUUAAGGUAAGGGGAAAUAUUGCCCAGCUGAGGCUUAAACUAUCAGAAGAAUAACUUUCUGUAGGUGAUGACUUAGCAUGUUCUUAUCUAUACAGACCAAAUAUGCAAAGCCUCUGGUUAGGUAAAUCCAAGCAAAUAAUGUAAUAAAUAUCUAGUAGUUAAAAUAAGGUUGCUCAUCUGUUAAUGGGAUAAAUGUAGGAUGGCACCCUUUCGAAUGGUUUUGUGCCAAAGUUUGCAACUUUCCUACCUGGCAGGAGAGAGUAUGCAAUACAGUAUUAUAGAAGGUCUCAGCUCCAUAAAGAGACGCAGAUAUCUUAUCAAUAAAGGCUACCUGUAUUAAACUUUCAAUUUGCUUUUUUUUUUAUGGAAGGUAAAAAUUUACUUAAGUCACACAGCCUUCUACUAAUAGGUUACUGACUUUGUUUUGGAGUGUUUUGGAUGGAGGGAAAGAAUCAUCAGUUCUCCAUGUAGUUAAAAGACAAAGUACAUACCUAACUACUCUGAUGUUUCCAGGGGUUUGAGUAUUAUUUCAGUCAGUUAUACUCUGGAGAAUUCUUACCUCUAUCUGUGCUCAAAAUAUUUGGUAUUGUAAGAUGUAAUGCAUGAUGAAAAACAUAUAUUUACUGAACAUGUUACACCAAAUUAUAGCAGUGUCUUAAAUACAGUUGCAGUAUUUGAUUUGUCUGUUCCUGUUUUAACUAGAAAUAUGGAAAACUUGGCAACAAGAGUGCUACUAUUCAGAGCAAUUGUCUCAUUACAUUUGGCAAAACAGAAGGGAGCAGUUUGAAAGUAAAGUCGCUGCUCUGGUUGUGCUCAGAUUUGGUUAGUUGUUUACUGUUAGCAUCUCUGGGACAUUGUAACACUGUUACUAGUUCUGGCAAUCAAAAGGAAAAGAAGGUGGUCCUUAUGAAAAGAAAACUGUUGCUUGUAUAUGAUUGAUUGGUAGAUAACAUUGAAAAUUCUGAAAACAAGUUACAGAUUCUUACUUUUUGCUGACAUAUCUAUAAAACUGCCCAUCUUGGACUGUGUAAUGCUUUUACUUAAUAGCAUUUCAACUCUGUUUUUUAAACAAACCUACUGUUCUAAAUGUUUGAAGUAAUUCCCUACAUCUAUUAUUUUUCUAGGUUGAUCAACUCCAAAAAUGUUAUCUCAGUGUCUGUGCCAAGUUUACAAAUGUUUGUUUCUGCGCAACUUAAAACUGAGUUCAGUAAAUGUGGCUACUUUGGCCAGAAGGAUCCAUUCUUCAGCAAAAAAGCUUUCUGACUGUGAGUUAAAGGAACAAGCCGUCCAGAAAUGCGAAACUGAGGAGUUGCCUCAAAGUACAGAAAACAAUAAUUUUGGAAGAUUGCACAUACCAGUGAUGCUGGAGGAGGUUGUUAAUUGUUUAUCCCCCCAGCCAGGCCAGCGUUUCCUUGACAUGACGUUUGGAGCCGGAGGUCAUACUACAGCUCUUCUAGAGAAAGCCAGCGACAUUACGAUAUAUGCACUGGACCGGGACCCCACAGCUUAUAAAAUAGCUCAGCAGCUUUCAGAGUCGUACCCGAAACAGAUUCGAGCUCUACUAGGACAGUUCAGCCAGUCAGAGGCUUUGUUAAUCUCCUCUGGAGUUGAGCCCGGGACUCUAGAUGGAGUUGUCUUGGAUGCUGGCUGUUCUUCUAUGCAAUUUGACACACCUGAAAGAGGUUUUUCCCUGCAGAAGGAUGGACCUUUGGACAUGCGUAUGGAUAGUGACAGGUACCCUGACAUGCCCACUGCUGCUGAUGUUGUGAAUGCUUUAGAUCAACAGGCGCUUGCGUCCAUCCUGAGAACAUACGGGGAGGAGAGGCACGCCAAGAAAAUCGCUUCAGCCAUCGUUCAGGCACGCAGCAUAUACCCCAUCACCAGAACUCAGCAGCUUGCAAGCAUUGUUGCAGGUGCUUUUCCAGCAUCAGCGCUUUAUGCACGAAGAGACUUGCUUCAGAGACCUACGCAUGUUGCUACCAAAACUUUCCAAGGCCUGCGAAUAUUUGUGAAUGAUGAGCUCCAUGAACUCUUUAUAGGGCUGAAGACAGCUGAGAAGUUUCUAAAACCCGGGGGUCGCCUUGUAGCCCUCUCCUUUCAUUCUCUAGAAGAUCGUAUUAUCAAACGUUUUCUUCAUGGAAUAGACAUGACAGAAAAGCACAAUCUUGGCUCAAGGCAGAAGAUAAGACAGGCUCUGAAAAACUGCUCCACAGAGGAAGAUACACAAGAAUUUCCCCAUGGAAAAUCCAACUCUAAGUGGAUUUUUAUACAGAAAAAAGUUCUCACACCCCAGGCCAAGGAUAUUCAAACAAACCCAAGAGGAAGGUCGGCCAAGCUAAGAGCUGCUAUUAAACGCUAAAACAAAAUAUAUGACUAUAUAAUUGUACAAUUUCCUUAAAUUUUGUUUUCCAGAAGGCUAAAUGGACAGAUAGUACCAAACUGAAAAAAUAAAAUGAAGGCUGUUAGAAAACAUUUCUUUCUUACUUUUGUGCUUCUUUUUAAUUAUGAUGUAGUGUAGAUCAAAAGGUAAAAUAAAUGUAGAUACAUGGUUGCCACUAAUUAUACAGAAAAGUCAUCUUAUUAGAAAGAACAUAAAACCCAAAGUUUAUAAAAAUUACAGGUGUGAUGUGUUUACAGUAUUUCCUUUAGAUUAAAUUCAAAACCCUGCCAUCAACAGUCUAAAUUCAGUAGCUGAUUGAGACAGACACAUUUUUGUGGGGGUGGAUUUCACACACCUGAGUCAGAUGGCUGGUUUAGUCUGGAGUAAGUUUAAACUAACCUAAGAAUUCAUGAUAUAGAAGUCUCUGUAUCUCAACUGCUUUGUUGUCUAAAUGCCUGUGGGAUAAGAGCUAGUUCUUAAAUAAAUUCAUAUCAGUAUCUAAUAUUCUGUCCAGGAAUUUGUAAAUGGGCUCUUACCUUUUUUUAAAAAAAAACUAUAUAUUUACAUCUGAGCGAUCUUCUGGUUAUUUAAUUUUUAUGGAUUCUAAAUAAUAAAUGCAUCACAGGGAAAAAAGAUACUUAAAAGACCACUGUUUGCACUUGGACACUACAAGCAAGCAGUCAAAAGAUUUUUGCUUGAUCAUUUGGAUUUCUUCUUCUGGCCUUAACCUCUGUGCAUAGAUCAAGUACAGCUUUUAUGUGUUGAUGGAAUUAUAAUUAACCUACCAAAAAAGGGGUAUUGUGGGUCUUAUGAAGUAUUCUCCUUUGCUGGUGAUCAUUUAUAUAGAGGUGCUACUUCAGUAAGUAUUGAAUUAUUUUUAUAAAAAGCCCACUGUAACACCAGUUUCCUAUUUGGAUGCUAUACUAGGUAGUAAAACAUGUAACAUAAUUUAUUUUUUAGUGAGUUAACACGAAUUGGACUUAGCUUUAGGUUUGUAUUUUAUCUUACUGUUUUGUGGUCUUUGUAUGUUAAAAAUUAUCAGAAUGUAGUGUAAGUUUUUCAACUUCUUUUGACCUCUGACUCAUCUCUUCAGGCAGAAAAGUCUCUAUUUAGAUAAUCAAAUCAGUAGCAUGAUUUCAUUUGUGAUGGAUCUGAAACUCGGCUGGUAGAAUAAAAAAAUUGCAAUUUCUGACUCUGAGCUAAGUGAUUACUCCACUGGCUUCUGAAAGAGAACUGACUGCACCAUUCCAGACUUGACUUUCAUCAAGCAUCCUCUUUAUGUUGAUGUAAAUGAUUAUUUCACGGGAGUUUUUUGGGUCAUAUUGACACAAACAAGUAGAAAUUUAGGUUCACUGCCUAUAAUAUACAGUCUAUUGAAAUAUCUGAAUAUUGUUUAAUUUCUUGGCAAAGCUAAGUCAUGUGAUGUAUUCUUAUGUACGCACAUGAUAACAUCCAUUGCUAAUCUAAAAUAAUAGUCAAGUGAUGAUCGACACUUCAUACUUUUCUGCAAUUUCAAUAUUUUUCCACUAGUUUCAUUAUACAUGCUAUUAAAUAUUAAAUACAACAUUCCACUUCAAAUAAUAUUACUUACUGUUGACAUCUUAGAGACAACAGAUUGUGCUCGAAAUAGACGUUUUUUCAUCCAAACAUUAAAUAUAAAUCGCUGAUGUUAUUUUUAGCUAAGAUUCCAUACUGAAAUGUACUCCAAUUGUAGGCUGGCAAAAUUGUGCCCCCAGCAUAGGCUUAGAAGAGUUGUAGUGCCAUGCCGUGCGUUGUUCAGGAACACACUUCAGGAAAAGAACGUCCAGUUUAAGUAUCAGUAUUCCAGAAAUUAGAUGAAAGCAUUAAAAUUCCUUAUGCUUAAAACAAUGGUUAAAUUCCACACUUCUCAUAUCUGAUUUCAAAGGCACAGUUUCUUGUGAUAGUUGAAUGACUGUGUGUCAGUUUUCCUAAAUACGCUCCCUCGGUUAGGAAAAGUAAGAGAUUUUGCCUUUAGGUUGGAGCUGCGCAGCCAUGGCAGUGCAUCAGUCAUUGAGCUCUUCUCUUUACGGGAUCCGUUUCUCUCCUCUAAGGGUCUUCUCACCUUCAGCUUUAGACUUGCGGUAUGGAGAGUCUUGGAAUUUUAACCACUGCUUGACUGAAAAAAUAAUUUUCUGGUUUCCACAGAAAAACCUCUGGUUAUAUUUAGUCAAAGUAUUCUUGUUUCUUUAAGCAUUUACUAGGUGAAGUUAUGUUAUGUGAAGGGUGUUAGCUCUUUAUAUUCUUACCAGGACACACGUCUACCUGUUAGGAAAACUAAACAUAUUUUUACCAUAAUCAAAAAUGGUAUUUAUGAAGGAGACAGUAUCUGGUGGAAUAUUAGUCUUGCUGAAAACCAAGUCAUGCUGUCAAAAUACAAAUUGUGUAUCAUUUCUAAAAACUUGCCGUUUAACCUCAGCAAUGUAUAUUUUAGUACGGCCAAAUGCAAGAUUAAAUAUCAAGAAAGAAAAAGAUGGUAGACCACGUUUACAAGGAGUAUGGCAAUACCACGGUGCUGUUCACGAUGGGAAGAGUGGACACAUCCAACUUGUGGAAUGUUUGUAGAGAAGGUCAAGUGGUAGUUUUGGAGAGACGAUGGUGUUGCCAAACAAUACAUGCGUGCAGAGCAUAUUGCUAGAGUGUAUAUCCUGUCAUGUUAGUACUUCAGAAGGGUGUGGAAAAAAUUUGAAAGGGAUAAAAAACAGCUGUGAGACUCUUCGUAUGCAUUAUAAACAUACUUUAUAUUGAAGUUAUUUGAAAGUGUGAUUUAAUUGGUUAAUCCAAGUGAAUGUAAAGAGUUGGUAUGCUGUCGAAAGUACCUACCUGCUGAAGAGAUUUGCGUAGAAUAAUUUUUUGAAAACGAGACACUUAUCCUGUGAGUAGGGUUUUAAUAGUAAAAAUAGAGUGGUUUUUUUUAAACUAUUACAGUUGAGUAAUUUCUCAGUAGUCUUUUAUAGUCUCAUCUGCUGAGAUUGCCACUUGACUUGGAAAAAUCCCAGUCUGAAACAUCAUUUUUUGUAGAGAUCUGUUGAGGUAUUUGAUAGAUGGAAGUAGGAAGGAGAGGAUUCCUAAUGUAGGAUGAACGGGGAAAAUGCUGACUUUGGUAAACACUAUUAGCAAGCGGCUCUUCUCGUAACAGCUAUUGUAUCAGACUUUUUGCACGCCUCUUUCUAGAGUAGCGUUUCUAUGAUUAUUAAUGAUUCAUAUAAUUGCUGUAAUAUUACUCUUUGUAUUGGAGGAGACACGGUGUUAAUUGGAGAGUGUAUGCGCCUAAAUAGUGUCACAGCACAAGGAGGGAGGAAACACGAGGGACUGUGCCCUGAGGAAGGUGACAUGCAGGGGCGGGAUGACUGCAAUAAGCACUCUCAGAUGCAGAUUGUUGGUGAUUUUAUUUGAUUAAUUUAAAUUUUAAAAUAACUUAGAUAUCA